UUAUCGCCACAAGAUGUCUGCGCCCAUUGAACACCAUGGCGCAGAUACCUUUACCAAUAAUUUCUCAACUUUCGAGUUCUGGAUCACCGCGUACUACAGACAAUCAAAAUUACGAUAUAUCACAGGUAUUUGCUGAACGAUUAUGCCCGACAGAUGUUUCAUACGAAGAUUUUUUCCGGAAAUAUCUUCUACAAAAUAAACCAUGCAUUUUCUCGUCGGAGUUGACACAAGGAUGGUUAAGCAGACAACACUGGGUUGAUAAAGAGACGAGAAAACCUAAUUUGGCAUGGCUUAAACAAAACUUUGGUGAUGUUGUUGCCCCUGUAGCCAACUGUGGACAGGAAAAGUUCAGCAGUCAUUGUAAGGAGGAAAUGAAAUUAAAGGAGUUUCUCGAUUACUGGGAAAAUUACAUCUCUCAAGGUCAUCCAAGGUCACAGAAAUGUCUUUAUCUCAAAGAUUGGCACUUCACCAAAGUAUUUCCAUCCUACCAAGCAUAUUCAACUCCAGUUUACUUCCUGUCCGAUUGGAUGAAUGAAUUCUGGGACUGCCGUGCUGACUCGGAUGAUGACUAUCGUUUUGUUUACAUGGGACCGAAGGGCACCUGGACACCUUUUCAUGCGGAUGUGUUCCGAUCCUACAGCUGGUCAGCCAAUAUCUGUGGGAGGAAGCGGUGGAUUUUCAUUGCUCCAGGAGAAGAAGAGAAAUAUAGAAAUAAGUUUGGAAAUCUGGUUUAUGACAUUAACUCAGAUGAACUUCACGACCCUGAAAAAUACCCACAUUUCAGCCAAUCAACAGGCAGAAUAGAGGUCAUCCAGGAACCUGGAGAGGUCAUCUUUGUACCGAGUGGCUGGCAUCACCAGGUCCAUAAUCUUGAAGAUACAAUCUCCAUCAACCAUAACUGGAUGAAUGGGUGUAACAUCCACAGAUGUUGGAAGUUCCUCAAACAGGAGCUGUCUGAUGUACAGCGAGAAAUAUCUGACUGUCAAGACAUGGAAGGAUGGCAUGAACAGUGUCAGUUGAUUCUGAAAGCCAGCACCGGAAUAAACUUCUCCGAGUUUUAUCAAUAUUUGGUCGUAAUAGCCACACACAGAAUGGACUUCCUUCAGCUGGAACAGAGCCAUGAGGAUAUCAACAAACCUAAAUCCUCAGGGUUAGAUGAAGCCAAUAAACAUUUAAACACCUUAGUAACAGAUCUGUCAAAUGUACUGGAAUUACAAUCUAAAGGAACAGAUCACUCCGGUGUGCUAUCUGACGAUUCUCAAUACAAAGCAGGCCAAGUUGAUAGCAAAUUACAUUCAAAUGUGCAAUAUGAAUCGGAAGAAGGUACAAAGAAUGCUGUCUGUGAAAUAGAAUCAGGAUAUCUAAUGGACAAAAACCUGAUUUUAUGCAGUGAAAAAACAAAACCGUGCUGUUUAGCACCAGAAGAAAUGUCAAUGGCUGUCAAAGGAGAAAAAGUUGAGGUGUGUCAUAGAGAAGUUACCACCGAUCUCUCUUUAGGGUGUACAGGAAGUAAGGAUCUUCAGAGUGAGAGACAUAUUGACUCACAUCAGAGUGAGAGACAUAUUGACUCACAUCAGAGUGAGAGACAUAUUGACUCGCAUCAGAGUGAGAGACAUAUUGACUCGCAUCAGAGUGAGAGACAUAUUGACUCGCAUCAGAGUGAGAGACAUAUUGACUCGCAUCAGAGUGAGAGACACAUUGACUCGCAUCAGAGUGAGAGACACAUUGACUCGCAUCAGAGUGAGAGACACAUUGACUCGCAUCAGAGUGAGAGACACAUUGACUCGCAUCAGAGUGAGAGACACAUUGACUCGCAUCAGAGUGAGAGACAUAUUGACUCACAUCAGAGUGAGAGACAUAUUGACUCACAUCAGAGUGAGAGACAUAUUGACUCGCAUCAGAGUGAGAGACAUAUUGACUUGUGUCAACAUGAUGGCGAUAACAGUAUGGGUCAGCGCUCAAGUAACUUCAAAUUGUGUGAUCAAAACAAGGGAGAAAUAGAAUCUGAAACUGGGUCAGUGUAUCAUGCAGUCUUUGAUCUGAUCCAAGUCAAACAAACUCUUGUUGACAUGAUAAAAACUGAGGAAUUCAAGCUGAUAUAUACAGACCCCGAUGCCAGUUCUAUGAUAGGUAGAAUAAACUGUUAUGUAAGAUAGAUAUGGAAUUCCCUAACCUGUGUACAGUUUGAACAUUUUUUUGAGGAUGGGACUGUCAUCUGAUGCAAGCCAAAAUAUAUUAUUUAUAUAAAAUGUGUGUUUACUGUGAUAUGACAAUAAAACUUUGUAAUAGGGUUCCGGAGUCAAAUGUAUUAAAAUCUGAUUUGUUCUCAU